AUGACCUCCCCGUAUCUACCUCCUCCCCGCUUCACUCUCCCCCUACCAGCGGGGUCGCUGCGGCUGUGCGCGGAUGGCGGAGUGAACCGCCUGUACGACGAGCUUCCAGGAAUGUUCCCGGGGGAGGACCCUGAUGACGUCAGACGAAGGUUCGUGCCGCACAUAAUCAAGGGCGAUUUGGACUCGGCGCGCCCCCAAGUGCUCGCCUUCUACAAGCAGCUCGGCGCGGAGAUAGUGGAUAUGAGCAAGGACCAGGACACCACGGACCUGCACAAGUGCAUCAACAGGAUUCUGCUCGACACCGGCCACUCCAGCUCCGUCACUCCCUCUGCCAUCCCUCCUCCCACACCUUCUCCCCCUCCCCUCUCCGAAUCCACUGCUGCUACCCAAACCCCUUCCACCACUGCCAACUCCAACAACACGGGAUCUACAGACAAUGCUGCUCUAUACCCAGAAUCUUCGUCUCUUUCGCUUGAUUCCGCACCUGAAACACACUUUUCGGGACUUGCCCAACAACCACACAAUAGAAUCCUCUCCCAACCUGAACCCAAACCUGAACCUCCUGCUUUGCCUCGGCCGGACCAACCACAGCCCCAAGCCCUCCUCCCAGCAAAGGUGGUUCGGCCGGACCAGAGGGUGAUAGUGGUGGGGUCGCUGGGCGGCCGCAUGGACCACGAGUUCGGGAACGUGAACGUGCUCCACCGGUUCCGCCACGUCAGCAUCGUGCUGCUGUCAGAGGACUGCCAGCUGUUCCUGCUGCCAGCUGGCUGGCGCCACGUCAUCACGCCUCACCCGCGGUGGGAGGGGCCGCACUGCGGGUUGAUCCCUGUGGGCGAGCCUUCGCAUGGAACAACGACGACUGGGCUGAGAUGGAAUCUAUCGAACACACCAAUGCGGAAGCGUCUCGCGUUAUUACCUGGCCGCGUACGCUGUUGUCUGCUCUGCUUGAAUGCGCAGCUCUUUCUCCACCUCGUUUUCCUCGUGGCUGGGACAUGCGCGAGACGUGCUGCUUCCACGAAACUGCUUGAUGAUUCAGCCGACGUCCUCCAUGGCCGUAGUCAUACCAUCGACGACACUUGGCACGGUAGCACCCAUCAUGCGACGGAUCAUCCUUCGCGUGAUGAUGAUGCGACUGAUCAUUCUUCGCGUGAUGAUGAUGCGAGCGACAGCGACAGCACCGGCGAUAAUCGGAGGCAACUGCAGAUGGUGGGACACGUGAAGGCAUUUGAAACCCAGCUGCAGUACUACGUCCCUCUCCCCGUCAGGAACCAUCCAGAGAGAACCAAUCUCUUCAUCGAACCCCUCGGAUUCGCCUACAACUCCUCCAACCGGCCAAUCGUGCUGCUACAGUACCACGAGCACGACACGCAUUGGGGAACCCUCGCCCACUGCCACGGCGACACGUGUCCCGCCCUAACCUCCUGCGGUCCGGCCUUCCCGAACCUCCGGGCCUGCUGGAACCCGGACCUGGUCGACCCGGACCGAGUUUUCCUUGACCCGCCCGUGAACUGCCCAAAAAGAAACGCCACGGCGGGGUUGGAUCCGCACACGCGGAAGCAUAUAUCGGAUGGGUACGACGAGACGUGCUCGCACAGGGAGGAUUUCAACCCGCGGGACGCCAUGGCGCUGCAGAUGUUUGAGGUGAAGGGCGCGUAUGUGACGGACAAGGGCUACGUGUUCAACCGCACGCACCGAUUCGUGCGGCCCGGCUGUGGCAGGUUCAACGAGAUAUCCUUUACACCACAGCAGCAGGUGCAUGUACUACCAGCGGCCUUCACGUGGAGCAACUCGUACGGAUUCAACUUCUACCACUUUGUCGCCGAAACCAUGCCUCUGCUCCUCGUUGCUGCGCCGCUGCUGCCGCGCAUCAUGCCCUCCACCCCCAUCCUCGCCAGCCGCAUGCAGUGGGAGGUGUACAAGCAGUUCGGAGAGGCCCUCAUAGGCAUCAAUUACGAGGACAUGCGCGUGCUGCCUCUCGUAGCCCAAGAUCUCUUCUUCGUCGAAACCCUCUACGAGCCAAUCGCCCAAACCUGUGGCAACCCCUCCAAGGCUCUCUGGCAGUCCCUCAGGCGCACCCACCUGCUGCACCCACGCGGUCUGCCUCUCUUCCGCCCCGACUGGUCCUACCAGCCACCACCGCCGCUGUCGCCCCAGCAGGCGCAGGAGCUGCCACCCGACUGGGUGGUGGUGCUGGCCAAGCGACCCGCUAAGAGGCGAUCCAUUAGUAACUUUGCGGAGGUGGAGGAGGUGGUGGAGAGGGCGUUUCCGAAUGAGAGGAUUGUGAAGUUCACCGGCUCGCUGUCUGUGCUGGAAGCUCGAGAGUUGUUUCAGCGCACGCGUCUCUUCGUAGCAGGCCAUGGGGCAGCACUCACCAACCUCAUCUUCAUGCCAGAAAAGGCCUCCGUUCUGGAAAUCAGACCAGAUGGAUGCCCUGUGACUGCCGCUCCGUUGUAUUUCCCCCCUUUCGCUCCUUUCCCCUCCCCCUUACGUUGUCCCCUUCUUGCCCCUCCCUCCCGCCAUCUUCCCCCAACAUCCUCCCGCCUCCUCUUCCCCCCCCACCUCCAUUUCCCGUUUGUCCCCGCAUUCUUUCUUUCCGAGCGUAUUCCUCUGAGUGGUGGACUCGCAGAUGCGUAUCUCUACGCGCACCUCGUAGACGGCGAGUCCCUAUCGUCACUCUCCCUCACUCUCUCUCCCCCAUCGUCCCCCUCGUGCCCUCACGGACGCGCAGAUGCGUAUCUCUACGCGCACCUCGUAGACGGCGAGUCGCGAGCCGUCGUCUACCUCCACGUCAACUUCGAUUCCGCCACCGCCACCAUCCAAGCGACCUACAAGAUCUUCGCAGCUCUCCCCGUCGCCCCGCCCGUCUACAUCACGCUGGCAGGCACAACCGUCCCCGGAUGCGACCCGCUCAGGUGCAGCCUGCCCCCGGGCAACCCCACGUGGGUGCAGCCCGUGCCGUCCGUGUGGCAGGCAAUCGGCACCUUCACCAGCAGCCCUGUGAGCGACCCCGAGCGCUACGGCGCGCUGCUGCAGCUGAUAGACAACUCGCUGGUGUUCCCCGGGGUGGUCAUGGCGUACAAGGACGCGCAGGGCGCCAUGCGCCCCGUGAUGGCGCAGCUUCGCGCCGAUGCCUUGCGGAAGUUCCUGGAAGUGGGCCCCAUUCCAGCAUACGUGCCGAGCCCGCAAUACGUGGUUCGCUUCCUCUCCUACAUGCCAGGCGGUGCCAACAUCUCCCUCUCACAGUCUGCCGAUGGCCUGUCCUUCCAGGCGAGCUUCGCUCUUGCCGUGGUCGUGCCCUCAGAGGAGCCCAUCACCGUCGUCCUCAACGUCAACCUGCUGGACGCCCUGCCACCACCCCCCUUGCCCCCUGCCGUGGGCUUUGCGGGUUUGACAACGGAGGCGCUUGCGGCGAAUGAUGGGUACAAUGCGUUGGUGGCGCUUAUGCAGUAUGCGGCGACGGGUGUGAAGGGAAGGCUGGUGAACGCGACGAUGAAGCUCGCUGCAAUUGACCAGCCCAAUGGCCCCAACGACCUCUUGCAACGUGUUUAG